AUGGCGCCCGGCUUGGCUCGGAGCAGCAUGAUGGCACCGCUCGGGCCCAAACGGGCCUCCAUGCUCCCAAGGAUUGAGGCCGAUGCCCGUGGCAGCAUGAAGAGGGUCUCGGUGUCCCCGACGGCCUCGCAACAGCCCGCCGAGCGUAUCCAAAAGAGUUUGUCAACCGUGAAGAUCUUCAAGGACAUGGAUGCCACUGUUCUCAAGAUGCUUCCGGAGAUUGUGAUAUCCAUCAUUUGCAAGGCUGGCACUGUUCUCUUCAAGCAGGGUGAUCCCCCAGGCUGUUGCUACGUCAUCAUUUCUGGCUCUGUGGGCGUUUAUGUGGCGGCCGAUGAAGAGGGACAGCCCGUGGCGCCACAACAAGGGCAGCACAGAUUCUCUGCACUUGGUGACACCAAUGGCUUUCUGCAAGACUUUCUGCCUGGGCAGAAGACCGUGGAUGGCUUCAGUCGAUACCACGAUGAUAUCAAUUUGGGCAAUCGUGUCUCGAAGCUCUCGCCCGGCAGCGUGCUUGGCGAGCUCGCGCUAAUGAACGACCAACCCAGGCUGGCUUCAGCCAAAUGCUUGGAAGAUGCCGAGUUCUUUGUUAUCCGCAGAAAUGAUUUUGACAACGUCCUCAAAGAGGAGAUGGUCAAGAAGGGAGACGAGAAGCUCCGAUUUUUGAUGCGGCACCUGCCUGGGAUGAAGGAGGUCCCGGUGCCGAAACCAGGAGGAAAACCUCAUGCGAGCUACAUGUUCAAACAUGGCAAGUUCCCACGUGGGCACACCUUCCUGGUGCAAGGGAAGAUCGCGGAGCCCCACUUGUGGGUGGUUUAUAAAGGCGCUGUGGAAUUCCGCAGGGCUGAGAUCCUCUCCUUGGAGAGGUUGGAGAGGAUGAGUGGGGAUGACAAGAAGUCUAUGCCCCACCUGAGACCUUUAAGCGCCCUCAAGAAGGCUCCGAAAGGCCUCUCCGCCUCACAGCCACGGCUGCGGAGCGCGCAUGGCAUCGGGCGGGAUGGCAAUGUGGCGGCGGAAGCCAACGACUGCAAUCCCAACGGCGUCAUGUCGCGGCGGGGUGUGCUGGUGCAGGGAGGCGUCUUUGGAUCCUUGCCCUUUCAUGCACCAGAGCCCUUCACCGUGCGUGUGACGUCGCCCAUGUGCGAAGUCUUUUUGAUCACGAGUGCCGACUUCCCGAAGAUCCCACGGAAGCUCUUGGACGUGGUCCAGGACUAUGUGGCAGCAGCCACCACCUGGCGCUUGAGCUGUCACCAGAAGAGUACCAACUUCCGGAGGCAGCCGCAGAAGCCAACUGGGAUGGUGGAAAGCGAGGAUGGUGAGGUCCUAGAGGAAGAAGUGACCGAACGAACGGUGGAUGUGAGCGAGCUCUUAGAGGAAUGCCGCGAGGAGCGCAAAAGCCAGUUCGCGGAUUUCCAGAAAGCCGCUUUUCAUGGAACCUGA